AUGACGAACUCUUCGAUUUUUGGGACCGAGUUCAUCAAAACUAAAUCUCUCGAGGAAGAAGAUUAUGUAGCAUCUUUGAACAGCACGGAAAGAAAAAACAGAAAUUAUGAAUGGCAGAUUGUCUGGAGAAACGUAUUCGCUUUCAUAUAUCUACACGCUGCCACCUUGUACGGUAUUUAUCUGAUGUUCACAGGGAAAGUUAAACUAUGGACAGUACUAUUUGCUGUCAGUUUCACUUUGCUGUCGGCGGUGGGAAUAACUGCAGGCGCGCAUCGACUCUGGGCACACAGAGCAUAUAAAGCGAAAUGGCCGCUACGUUUGUUCUUGGCGUUACUGCAGACGAUGGCCUUCCAAAAUCAUAUAUAUGAAUGGGUACGCGAUCAUAGAGUUCAUCAUAAGUUCACGGAGACUGACGCUGACCCUCACAACGCUAAACGAGGAUUUUUCUUUUCUCACAUGGGCUGGUUGAUGGUGAGGAAGCACAAAGACGUCUUCGAAAAGGGUGCCGCUGUUGAUAUGUCGGAUUUGGAAAAGGACCCGAUCGUAAUGUUCCAAAAAAAAACAUAUCUAUUCGUGAUGCCAAUUCUAUGUUUCUUAUUACCAUUGUACAUUCCCGUUUAUUUUUGGAACGAAAAUCCAUGGUCCUCGUGGUAUGUCGCAUCAAUGUUUAGAUACACGAUCAGUCUUCACUUCACGUGGCUGGUUAACUCCGCCGCACACCUCUGGGGGAACAAACCAUAUGAUCAAUACAUAGGAGCAACCGAUAACAAGACUGUGGCGAUCUGUGCUUUAGGCGAGGGUUGGCACAACUAUCAUCACGUAUUUCCCUGGGACUACAAAGCGGCCGAGCUCGGAGACUACAGCACCAAUUUAUCAACCGCCUUAAUUGACAUCGCUGCAAAAUACGGCUUAGCUUACGAUUUGAAGACGGUAUCUGAAAAGAUGAUAAGGAAUCGCAUUAAUCGAACAGGCGACGGUACCCAUCCUUGGGCGAAACAGAAGGCAGAGUUGGAGGAAGAUCAUCAUCAUCUAGAAAACCCUAUAUGGGGCUGGGGCGAUAAAGACAUGUCAGACGAUGAUAAGAAAUUGGCGGAAAUUGUUCACAAAAAGAAUGACUAGAUAUAAGCAACUCAAGCG